GGGCUCCUGGCACUCCCAGACUGGGUGGAGAUCAGGAUGGCUGUUUUCUGCAAUGACUGUAAACCCGCAGAGGAGCCGUGGUGCCCGCCCACGCUGCAGGAGAUCAAGCAGAUGAUCGACAGCUACAACACCCGGGAAAAGAACUGCCUCGGCAUGAAGUUGAGUGAAGAUGGCACCUACACGGGUUUCAUCAAAGUGCAUUUGAAACUUCGGCGGCCGGUGAUGGUGCCUGCUGGGAUCCGGCCCCCGUCCAUCUAUGACGCCAUCAAGGAAGUGGACCUGGCAGCCACCACGGACAAGCGGACGUCCUUCUACCUGCCGCUGGACGCCAUCAAGCAGCUGCACAUCAGCAGUACCACCACGGUCAGUGAGGUCAUCCAGGGGCUGCUCAAGAAGUUCAUGGUCGUGGACAAUCCCCAGAAGUUUGCACUUUUUAAGCGGAUACACAAGGACGGGCAAGUGCUCUUCCAGAAACUCUCCGUUGCUGACUGCCCCCUCUACCUGCGCUUACUCGCUGGGCCUGACACGGACGUGCUCAGCUUCGUGCUAAAGGAGAACGAAACUGGAGAGGUGGAGUGGGAUGCCUUCUCCAUCCCCGAGCUCCAGAACUUCCUAACAAUCCUGGGAAAAGAGGAGCAGGACAAAAUCCAACAAGUGCAGAAGAAGUAUGACAACUUUAGGCAGAAACUGGAGGAGGCCUUAAGAGAAUCCCAGGUCAAACCUGCCUAGCUGGCCCUGCUCCCUCUUCUCCCGAUGCCCGUGGAUUUAUUUUUAUUAUUAAUUAUUAUUUUGCCACAGACACUUUUUCUCAGGACACCUCUGUUGGGUGCAUCUGUGCCCGCCCAGCAGUUCCAGACGUGGCACAAAAUCUCUGAUGGACACGUGUGUGCGCGGAGUAUGGGGCCUGCCCGCCGUCACGCUGUGCCCUCUGCUCACUGCCCAGAAGCAGCGCUCGCUCGUGUGAAAGAUCCGCCACGUCCUCUCACCAUCGGCAAGCCUUUCACAAGCCAAAUAGUUGCCUCUCUCCACACCAGCCGGCAAAGGAAAGAAAAAAGAUUUUAGAGAUAUAUGUUCUUUCUCUGCCUUUUAUUCUCUUUCAAUUUCUUUCUUAUUUGCCAUCCACGGUUCCCUUAUUUAUGAGUCCAAAAAUUGUAGCAUAGUCCUUUAGCAGGUCUGAGCUAAGCCCCUGAAAGCACGACAGUGCUCAUAAAAGGACUGUCCCCCACUUUCCCCAGGUGCCCGUUGUUCAUGCUUAAGGGAAGGUCAUAAAGCCACUGGCUCGGGUCAGGAGCACCGAAGCUGAGAUUGCCUGAGAAAUUUCCAGAGAAGCUGCAGCCGGCCCUGGCCCUGAUGGCCCAGAAGCCUGUGCGCAUGUAAACCCAAAGGCAUACAUAUCCGUGUAUGUGUGGUCUUCAGCCAUAUCUUUGUCAACAACUCUUUGUUUUUGAGUUAACAGUUUUGAAUUUAAUAUUGCCAUCAUCCUCAUGUGUUUCCACCAAAGGGAAACCAGCCAUUUACCAUUUUUAAAGUCUCCUGCUGAGUACGGAAAUCAGGCAGUCAAAGCCAAAA